AUGGUCGCCGACGCUCUCCUCUACCACCCUGCGCUCGCGCACUGGCUGCGCUUUGUCGCAACUACCGUCGGUCGCGACAAGCUCCUCCGCACAAUCCAAUACUUCUCCCGCUUCUACGCCUGGUACCUGUACCGCACCAACAAGCCCCAAUCCGCCAUCGACCCCUACAACGCCGUCAAGAAGCAAUUCGGCACCACCCGCAAGAUCCUGCGCAUCGGCAAAUUCGCCGAACACCUCAAGGCCGCCUCCGUGGCCCUCGACAACAAGGCCCCCGUCGACCCGGUCCUGCGCUACCUCGCCGUCGGUCGCCAGCUCGGCUAUGCCGGAUACCUGUCCCUGGAUAUGGUCACGGUGGUUGAUGCGAUCGGGUAUCGCAAGUUGGCAAGCGUGAAGAGGCUGCAGGAGAGUGCUUAUCGGUCUUGGGCGGCCGGGUUGGCGUGCAGUGUUGUUGCGGGUGUUUAUACUUUGUUCCAGUUGCAGGAGAAGGAGAAGACUGUUGAUCGGAAGGAGGGUGAGGGUGUUGUUGAGGCGAAGAAGAUUGAGAAGGAGCGCGCUGCUGCUCGGAUACAGCUCAUCUCUGACCUGUGCGAUUUGACCGUCCCCGCCUCUGCUCUGGGUCUCGCCCAGCUCGAUGAUGGCCUGGUCGGUCUUGCCGGUACCGUCAGCUCGCUGAUCGGUGUUUGGUCGCAGUGGCGCAAGACCGCAUAA